AUGAUCUUCUCUUUUACGAAGGCCGGGUGGAAGCGUUGGGAGGUGGCAACCGGAGCGUCCAACUGCCAAAACCCAACCAUUCUGGAGGGCGUGCUCUACACCUCUUGUGCAAAUGGAGUGGUCCUGGCUCUGACCAUGGAUGAAGGGAAGGAAGUUUGGUCUCGCAAGCUCACGGACAGCCUGCCUACUGACACGUAUACUGUGAGCGCCACCGCGAGCUACGUUGUGGUACCCUAUGGUGACAUGGGGCACAUGACGGGCGGAGCGAAUGGCCUGGCUCUGCUCGAGCGCGCAAGUGGCGACGUCCGGUGGACCUACAACAUCUCCGCGCACUCCCCAGGUGCUCCUGUUUUCGUGACACUGUUGGACACGUUAGCAAAUAGCUUAUGGGGUGUGGCUGCGCACUGCCGGAUUCUGGUGGAUGGAGCCAUUCCAGACAACUGGCUUUGCGACGCCCCCACUGCUGUGCGUGCUUCAGUUGCCAAUGCCCGGGUGAUGACAGAUGGCUCGGAGCUCUGGCGGAGUCCUCCAGAGAACGCCGGCACCUUCACCCUCGGAGGUGUGGCCUGUGGAGAAGGCCUGGUCUUCAAUGGGUUCUCAAAGGAAGACGGCUCUGGCGGUCUUCAAGCACUCAACCUCAGCUCCGGGGAGCGCCUCUGGGCUAAGAGCUUCCCACAAGAGAUCCACAACGCGCCCGCCGUGGGCAGGGUGCUUCUCAGGUACGGCCAUCCGGGGAGGACGGCGGCCAUCGUAGGGCAGGGCGGUCCUCCUGGGGCCCCACUGCCAAUCCCAGAUCUCCUCAAGGGCACCGUUGUUGCCGUAGAUGUGACGGACGGUGAAACCCUCUGGACCUUCGAGCCGCCACCAUGGCACCACCAUGGAGCCGCCGGCUCCACGUUUCUGCAGCCCUGCAUGCCCGACCUUUUUUCGGGUGCGACCAUUGACGGGCGAGGCACUGUCUACAUCAACUGGUCUGCAGGUGGUAUCACCUACGCCCUGCGCGACGCGAACGGGGAUGGCCGGAUCGACGAGCGAGAUCCCGCAGAAGUGUCCGCCUUUGACCUGGGAUCGGGAGCCACCGGACCCCCGGCGAUUGCCCCUGGCAUGUUGUUCGUCAACGCCUGCCGACGUCCCAGCGCCUUCCUGGCCUGA